AUGACCACCGAAUCAACAGACACAAGCAAAUCCCCAACCCCACCCCCUAAGAAGGACACCAUCUCCCCCCUCACCCAAAAAUCCCUCCGCCGCAUCUCCCUCCAUCCCACCCUAACCCCCUUCCGCCGACGCGUCUACCGCACCCUCCUGUCCGUCCCCCCAGGAAGAUGGACCACCUAUUCAGCGAUGGCAACAUACCUGAACUCAAGCGCGCGCGCUGUCGGCAACGCAAUGCGCACGAAUCCGUUCGCGCCCGACGUGCCCUGUCACCGCGUGCUGGCGACUGAUGCGACGCUGGGUGGGUAUAAGGGGGAGUGGAAGGUUAGCAAACCUGUUCAUUCUGGGGGUUCGUUUCGCGAUGAGAAGAGGGCGAUGUUGGCGGAGGAGGGGGUUGUUUUUGAUGCGGCUGGGAAGGCGGGGGGUGUUUGUUUUCGGGAGUUUAGGGAGUUGAAGUGA